GAUGUGUGGAUGUACGAGCUCACUGACUGAAGCAAAGGCUUAUCAUUGACAAGACGACUUAUAACAGGGGAGAAUGUUGAAGCUGGGGUUGAUUGUUCUGGCCAGUGCAACCGUAUGCUUUGGUCAGUCUCUAUUUGGUGACAAAUGUACCUUGUGGCCAAUACGUGGACCAGAAGUAAGCGCCAAUAAGGACUGUUCCUAUGGUAACGUCUGGUGGGACUAUCCGAGUGGCAAUCUUAGUGUCAAAUUCGAGCAGAAUGGUCCAUCAACAAGUUUCGAAGUGUGUCUGUCAUCUGAGGGCGCUGCCUACCUGAUUGACGGCAUUUAUGACGAGAGCAACGGGGCAAACGUACCUAUCCCGACUGAAGGCUCUCCCUCCUGUGUGAAUAGCGUGGACGGCAAGGUCAUUCUCUGCUUCCGGGCCAGUGACACGUUGUAUUACAUGGCGCUAAUGCCUUACAAAAUAAGCCACUCAUAAUUAUCCAGGAGUCUUGCUGACUUACGUAGAGGAGCCCAUAUGGCUAAAGCUAGAACAUUACAUACAUAUAUGUAUUACACUGGGUAAACAAUGUCAAAUAAACUGACGAAAAACAUUUCUUUUUUAAGUCUUUCUUCCAUUCCUUUAUAUUUAUAUAUUUAAUUGCGGUUUAAUUUACGUGUCAAGAAUAUUUUUCGUGCAAAACGUCAGUGAGGUUUAUGGACGAGUUUAGGGGGCCCGCAAAAAAAACCCACUGCGAAAUACGCCACAAACCCUCAAACUCAGAGCUACAGCCAAACAAAAGCGGGUUUUAGACCCAUGCACCGGAGAGGAUCAAAUUUACUGGCAAAUCACACGACGUUCGACUGGCCACAAAUGGGGUGCAACAAAUAUACAAAACAAUGAGAGUUACACUGGUCAAGAUUACAAAUGUGUGCGCUUGUCUGCCUUAUUUGGGCAUAAAUGUUAAUUUUACGCCUUUUACUCAAUAUUUCUCGUUCACUGAACUUCAAAGUGCAACAACAGACAAAACCAGAAUGUUUUUUAACUUAAUAUUACCGCUCAACCCAUGCUAUCGACUUUGUACAAAAAAUCCAAGUAAAUUGUAGGCCCUUUAGACCGUAUGGAAAUAUAGCUACCAUACUUACAGCCAUGUGUGAACCAAUAUAUGAUAUAAACGUCGGCUACAACAGUAUUUGUGUAGGAGAUGUCUUCACGGAUUUGAGACAAGCAAGAGCUACAGUAUGUUUCCCAUAAUAACUUCUUAAACCUGAAGUUGAACUCAGACUGGCUUGGCGAGAGGAAAACCUAGAUACACCAUAACAGUGACAAAAUAUCUGUCAGGCAGAGUUUCCACCACGUUAAUAAACAUAAAGUUCACCGCCUACACAAUCUAUACCAUGUAUAUAGCUGUAAUGGUGUCCCUGUUAGUGGUUUUGAAGGACAUGCCGGUUAGAGCCUAAUACAGCAAGAAUUGUAUUUCACCGAGUUUGGUAUUUUUCAAGUGACACAGUUUGCUUGAUUCAGAUUAAUUCACUGUCUGUAUUGAGCCUUUUAAGAUUUUUUUUUUGUAAAGUUUGAUAAAUGCCUUAUUAGAAAAACUAAUGUGUUUACAUGAAAAAUAUCAUUUUAUGGUCUUAAUGUACUUCUGAAAGAUCAUUUUUAGAUGCACAUACGGGAACCAAAUUUUAGGUGAAAUAGAGUAACUUGUGAGUGUGAACAGAAAUGACAACAGACAAAACAUCAUGCAUUAAUACAUGUAUUCAAUAAUAAUUUAGGCCACCAUUUGUAAUACACACAUUAUUUGUAACAUUUGGCUUGACACUUGAUUCCUUGCUUUCCAUCAAAUUAUUUUGGAAAAUUAGCGCAGGAAGCAGAACAAUUUUCAUUAUCAUUAUUUCUGCUACAUUUUAUGAUAAUCACACUCUUUGUGACAAUUUCUGACAAAAAUGAAAUAACGACUUUCAAUG